AUGGCAGACACAGACAAGACGCAGCGGCCGACAGAGCCCGACGCCGACGCCGACGUCGAAGCCAACCGGUCCAAAUCCAUCGUCAAGCGCACGCAAUGGUGGGCAGACACCAUCUCACAGAAACACGCCGACAUCAUCUUCGUCCUCUGCUCCCUCAUCACCGGCCUCAGUGACGGCGUCUCGUACGCAACGUUCGGCUGCUUCAUCUCCAUGCAGACGGGCAACACCAUCUUCGUCGGGCUGGGCGCGUCCGGCCUGCCAACCAGCAAGCCAUUCGGCUGGCUCAAGUCGCUUGUGUCAAUCUGCUCGUUUUUCGUCGGCUCGUUCACCUUUGCGACGGUGAUGCGGCGCGUGGGAUCGCGCCAGCGCCGCACGCUGACUGCGUCUUUCGCCAUUCAGAGCUUGUUCAUCCUCGUCGCGGCCGCCAUCAUCCAGAGCGGCGCCAUCCCGCAUGCGCUCAACCUCGAGCCGGCCGGAGGCAAGCUCUUCCUCGAGCUGAUCCCGCUCGCGCUGCUGGCGUUCCAGUUCGGCGGGCAGAUCGCUGCCAGCCGCGCCAUGGGCUUCAACGAGCUGCCCACCGUCGUGCUGACGUCCGUCUACUUCGACAUCGCGUCCGAUCCGGCGCUGACGGAUGGGCUGGGCAAGAACGUCAAGCGCAACCGCCGCAUCGGGUCUGUCACGGCCAUCCUGGUCGGCGCCAUCGCUGCCGGGUGGCUGUGUCGUAGUGAAGCGGAGAUGCAGAGCGCGCUGUGGAUUGGGGGGUUUAUUAAGUUUCGAAACUUUGAUAUCGAUGACGGGCGUCUCCGAAAGGCCAUCCAACUGGGUUCCAGUUCGGAGUAUUCAAUUACAGUCGCCUCUCGCUAUAACGAACCCCCUUAUAACGAUUUUCUGGUUAUAGCGAUACUACCCGUCACCCACAAUUAUUUUCCCAUACAAAUUCCUCAAUCUCUCGAUACUUACGAUAUCGCUAUCUUUUGGGCAAAAUAUCGUUAUAUCCAAUUAAUCCAGGAACCAAUAGAAUGCCUCGUCAUGCAAUUUCUGACUCUCAGCGGAAGGCACUACGGGCCUGUCUCAGAGAUCCUUUCUAACCGUUACUCCUAUCUUGAUCAGGAUCCUACCUUACAAACCUCUGUCCGAGAAUCGUUCCGCCAACGGGCUCCUCACUGGCCAAUCCUUGAAGCUAUCCUCUUUGACUGGCAGCAAUUAAUUGAGCGACAAGGUGGAAUUAUAACUGGUGAUAUCCUAAUUGAGAAGGCACGUCAAAUCUGGCCUCAGAUUCCUCAAUAUUCACACCUACCUGUCCCUGAAUUUAGUCAGGCGAAUACAGCGGUCGAAGAGAUGAAGGCUAUCCGGACACUAUGUGGCGAAUAUUCUGAGGAAGAUAUAUAUAGUAUGGAUGAGACUGGCUUGUUCUGGAGAAGGGGACCUUCUUCUGGGCUUAUGACCCAACCUCAGCCUGGAAUCAAGAAGGAAAAGAGCCGGAUUACUAUUGUAGCCUGUAAAAAUUGUACUGGCUUUGACCGGCUUCCAAUAUGGUUUAUUGGAAAUGCAAAGCGACCCCAUUCUCUACGAGGACUCAAUAUAAGCGCUCUUGGAGGAUAUUGGAGAUCCAAUAAGAAGGCAUGGAUGACUUCACCUCUUAUGAGAGAGUGGCUUCUUGCUUUCUACUCUCAUAUUGGGAGUCGUACGGUCCUCUUAUUGAUGGAUAACUUCAAAGCCCAUGUUGAAGGCAUAGAACUGGCACCUCCUCCAUCUAAUAUUCGGAUCCAGUGGCUUCCUGCUAAUUCUACGAGCCUUUAUCAACCUCUCGAUCAAGGAAUCAUCCAAAAUCUCAAAACCCACUACCGGAAGUACUGGCUACGCUUUAUUAUCCAGGGAUUUGAGAAUAAUACAGAUCCAUUUACAGCAGUUUCAUUAUACCAUGCAGUUCAUUGGGUUCUUCGGGUUUGGAAUCAUGAUAUCUCUCAUACUACGAUCUACAACUGUUUCCGAAAAAGCACUGUUAUCCAGCCUCAAAUCUCGAACCUACCAACAGAGCCACAGCCAGAUCUCUCAAGCCUCUAUACUAGGGUUCGAGAGGCAGGUCAAAUCCGGGACAUGAUGAGCCUUAGUAACUUUCUCAACCCUCCGGACGAAAAUUUUGAGGAGAGCGAAGAGGAUACUUUACAGUCAAUUAUUGCCUAUCAUACUAGUGAUGGGAGUACGGAUACUGUGGAGGAGGCUCAGUCUGAUAUCGAGGAGGGAUCAGCGCCUAUAGCAGUGCCAUCUUACAACAGGCUCUAG